GCUCAUUUCUAUUUUCCUGAUUCUAUUUUUGAAUGAAACAUUUAUUGUUUUCAGUUCUGUGAGCCUUUCUUCAGAAAGAUUUAUUAUCAGCUUAUCUUUUUUCCAGUGUUUAAUAUUUACGUCAUCCUGACAUCCAGCCCACUGUUAAGUAGCAACAAGCUCAAAUCAGCAGCAGUCGGAUCUGUGGAUUCAUAUAAAUUCAUCACUCAUAAACUCUUGUUAUUUUCUGGCCUCUCUGACUGUGUUCCACCUACUCCUGAGAAGGUUUCUUGGAUGGGUAUAUUCAAUUGGAAAGGUGAAACAAUUCUACUCUGAUUAUGGACAUGGGACUAAUGUUGCUCAAGUAACAUCUCAUUCACUAAGGUAGAAAUAACCUGGUUCAAAGGACUUGAGAAUAUGACAUUUUGUCAGGAAGCAAUAAAUGGUUCCUGUAUAAAGAACAGUUGGACAAAUAUCAUCCGCAUUCCCAUGUACUGUGUUAUGAUACUCCUGAUUCUUACAACACUGGCUGGAAAUCUGAUGGUUAUUAUCUCUAUAUCACACUUCAAACAACUUCACACUCCAACCAAUAUGCUAAUCAAUUCCAUGGCCAUUGUUGACUUUCUGUUGGGAUUUUUGGUAAUGCCUUACAGCAUGGUGAGAUCAGUUGAAAAGUGUUGGUAUUUUGGAGAGAUCUUUUGCAAACUUCACACAAGCACUGACAUUAUGCUAAGUUCAGCAUCAAUUUUCCACUUGUCCUUCAUUUCUGUUGACCGCUACUUUGCUGUGUGUGACCCACUGAGAUAUAAAGCUAAGAUCAGUGUCUUGGUUGUACUUGUGAUGAUCGCAAUAAGCUGGGCUGUCCCUGCCAUUUUUGCCUUUGGGAUGAUCUUUCUGGAGCUAAACUUAAAAGGAGCGGAAGAGCUGUAUUAUAAGCACAUUCACUGCAAGGGUGGUUGCUUUGUCUUUUUCAGCAAAAUAUCUGGCAUCUUGGCCUUCAUGACUUCCUUCUACAUUCCUGGAUCUAUUAUGUUGUGUAUAUAUGGAAAAAUAUAUUUUAUUGCCAAAGGGCAAGCCAGAUCAAUAAAAAAUGCAAACCAGAAGAUUCAAAAUGGAUGUGAGGAGAAACAGCAACUUUCACGAAGAAAAGAAAAGAAAGCAGCAAAAACUUUAGGGAUUGUGAUGGGAGUUUUCCUCAUUUGUUGGUGCCCAUUCUUUUUCUGCACAGUCAUUGAUCCUUUUACGGAUUACACCAUCCCACCCUUUCUGAAUGAUGUACUGAUUUGGUUCGGUUAUUUAAAUUCUACCUUGAAUCCAAUGGUUUAUGCAUUUUUCUACCCUUGGUUUCAGAGGGCCCUAAAGAUGAUUUUCUUUGGUAAAGUUUUCAAAAGGAACUCUUCUAGGUGUCAAUUAUUUUUAGAACUAAAUACUUAGAAACAUGUGUAAUUUUUCAUUGUAUUUGAUAAUAUAUUUAUAAACUCUGCAAUCUGAGAGCCAAGAAAUGAGUGUCUUUUAAAAAUGAAAACUUAUUCAUACAUUUAUUAUUUACCUUUUAAAGCUAUUUAUAGAAAAUUAGGUACGUUAAGCUUUAUCAGGUUAUUUUUAUUUUCUAAUGAAUAUAGUAGUAUCUGUAAUUUUUCACAACCAUUAGAUGGCCAGCACAACAUAUCUACUGAAGUUAUAUUUAAAAUAAUUUAUUUUCCCCCCUAAAAAACUUCAAGUAGUAAACCAUCUCUAUGUAUUAUAUUUCUUUGAGGUAGAGCCACUUUUCAAACUUUAUCAAGAAUUAGUGGGUUGUUUUGUCAUAAAUGAGAAUAGUCACAUGUAUCUAUGAUUCAGUCUUCUCUCCUUUUCCCAUUAAGGCUUUAUAUACUUAAACUUGCCAUUUAACAUUCAAGAGGCUAUCCUUUUCCUCUUGGUUACUUUUCCUAAUUUCACCAAAUGAAAUUGUGUCAUAGUUGUAGAGUAAAUACCAAAACAAGUAAUUUAACUUAAGAUCCAUAUCAAAGCUAUGAAUUUUCUGCUUGAUAUAAUUUUUGAAACAUACUCUUUGUUCAAUGGCAUAACAUUAAACAUUACAUAGUAUUUCUAAACUAUUAAAGAAUAUUAGAGAAUUAAAUAUCUGGACACACUCUAUUGCCUUUCUUGCUAAGUCUUAACAAAUCAUCCACUGGCUCCAGUACUUCCUUUUAUUAAUUAAUUUCAUUUAAUAUAUGCCUGAAAAAUUCUUAUUGUUUGUCUUAUUCAUACAUUUGCAGAUUUCCUGAUCUUCUGCAGCUUUACUUGAUGUCAAAACAUUUACAACUUUUCUUCUUCUGUAAUCAGUUGUGAACUUGUUAUAGUCAAAAAGACUGUGAAUAGGAUGUCCAACAUUGUCAGGGAUUUUAGUCUUUUUUGCUACUUCAUUUUUCUGGUCCAAUAUUUUUGCAGCAUCUUUUUCCAUGUGGCAAAAAGGGGGAGGGGAUCCUUAGGAGUCCCAAUAAAGGACUCACUCAAAAGUUCUGGAAAGAAGACCCUAGCUUUUGGGAUCAGAAGUCAUUAACAAAAACUGCUGGGAAAACUGGAAAACGGUAUGGCAGAAACUAGGUAUAGCCAAUAUCUCACACCCUAUACCAAGAUAAGGUCAAAAUAGGUAUAUGAUUUAGAUAUAAAGAAUGAUACCAUAACUCAAUUUGGGGAACAUAGAAUAGUUUACCUGACAGAUAUGUCAAGAAUAUAAGAAUUUAUGACCAAACAAGAGAUGAGAGAUAAGAUGUAAAUGAAUAAUUUUAAUUAUAUUAAAUUAAAAACAUCUUUACAAAUAAAAACAAUGUAACUAAGAUUAGAAAGGAAACAAACUGGUGAAAAAUGUUUUAUAACAAAUUUUUCUGAUAAAGGUCUAAUUUCUCAAAUGCAAGUCAGAUUUAUAAGAAUACAAAUCAUUCAGGGCAGCUGGGUUGCUCAGUGGAUUGAGAGCCAGGCCUAGAGAUGGGAGGUCUUAGGUUCAAAUCUGGCCUCAGACACUUCCCAGCUGUGUGACCUUGGGCAAGUCACUUAAUCUCCAUUGACUAGCCCUUACUACUCUUCUGCCUCGGAGACAAUAAACAGUAUUGAUUCCAAGAUGGAAGGUAAGUGUUUAAAGAAAAAAAAAGAAUACAAAUCAUUCCCCAAUUGACAAAUAGUCAAAGGAUAUGAAUAAGCAAUUUUCAUAUGAAGAAAUCAAAACUAUCAAUAAUCACAGGGAAAAAAAUUGUUCUAAAUUCCUCUUGAUUAGAGAAAUGCAAAUUAAAACAACUCUGAGGUAGCAUUUUUACACCGACCAGAUUGGCCACUAUGACAGUAAAGGAAAGUGAUAAAGGCUAUAAAAUGUCAUAUCCUUUGAUCCUGUAAUGCCAUGACUGGUUCUGUAUACCAAAGAGAUCACAAAAAUGGGGAAUGGACCAACUUGUAUAAAAAUAUUUAUAGAAGCUCUUUUUGUGGUGGUAAAGAAUUGGAAACUGAGGGAUGUCCAUCAACUGGCAAAUGGCUGAACAAAUUGUGGCAUAUUUUGGUUAUGGAAUACUACUGUGCUAUAAAAAAUGAUAAGCAGAAUGAUUUCAGAAAAAGCUGGAAAGACCUACAUGAACUGACAGAGAGUGAAAUAAGCAGAACUUCUAGGACCCUGUACACAGUAUAAUAUGGUAUGAUGAUCAACUAUGAAAGACUUGGCUACUCUCUUCUAAAGGACUUAUGACAAAGAAUGCUAUAUACAGCUAGAGAACAAGCUAUUGAAGUCUGAUGGAGAUCAAAGCAUACUAUCUUUUGCAUUAGUUUAUUUAUGGUUUUAUUUUGGGGUUUGGGUUUUAUUUGGGUAUUCUAUUAUGAUAUUGGCCAGUAUGGAAGUGUUUUUUUGCAUUAUAAUACAUAUACAACCCAGAUCAAGUUGCUGACUAUCUCUAGAGGGAGGAGGGAAGGGUAAGAGGGAGACAAUAUGGAUCUUAUAAUUUUGGAAAUAUAUGCUGAAAAUUGUUAUUACAUGUAAUUGGGAAAGCAAAAUAACUUUGAAUUAAAAAAGAAAAAACAACCACAGAAAAACUAAUGGAAAAAUUUCAGAAUAUUAAUUUUUAAAAGUUCUGGAAAGUAUAAAUGUAGACCUCUGCAACCCUGUCAAUUUUAGAACAUGGCUCAGAGCUUAGCUAUAUUCUUCAGUUAUCUUUUAUUUUCUGAGACCAGCAUCCCAUAUUGGAGAAUACCACAGAAUAUUUUCUUCUUCCUCAUUGGAGAUCACUUAAAUUUAGUAUAUUGAAGAUGAGUAGGGGCAAAGUGCCCUCUUUACUCUGUGCAAAGGGCAAGUUACCUUAAUAAAAAGAGGACAUGGGUAUUCCACAGAUCUUCGGUCUCAACUAAGAAUGACACAAAGCCAUUAAUAAAAUGUAGGGGGUUAACCAACAGAAUUUGGGGAAAACUGUGGGUUUUACAUUGAUGCUGGAUCAGAAGUUUGUCAGCUGUGAAUUAUAUUGGUUUGUGGUAUUUGUUUUACUGUUCCAUAAUGAUAAAUAACUGGCUUUAAAUGUAUGGAGAAUAUACUGAGCACAAAUUAUGCUUUUAGUUCUAUGGAUAAUAAAAUUAAUUCCCAUCCUCAUUCAAAUUAUUUCUCCCUCAACUGUGGAUAUGUAUACUCCAUAGUUCUGUCCUGAGCUCUUCUUUCUCUCUUUAUAUUUUCUCACUUGAUAACUUUUUUUUAGUUCCAAAGGACUUAAUUAACAACUCAAUACAUUUAUAUAUCCAACUUCUUCUACCCCCAAGUUCCAAAUCCCCAUCACCAAUUUUCUUUAUUUUUAAUUGAAUUUUUUCUGAUUGUCCUGAGGCAGCAAGCAAAAGGAUAUGUU